GGCCGGCCCGAGCGCCGCUGCCUGAGGAGGAGAAGGAGCAGGAGCAGGAGGCGGCGGGAGCGCCCCGGCGGGCAGCGGCGCAGCCAUGAGCGGCGGGGAGGUGGUCUGCUCGGGCUGGCUCCGAAAGUCCCCGCCGGAGAAGAAGUUGAAGCGCUACGCAUGGAAGAGAAGAUGGUUUGUGCUUCGGAGCGGCCGCUUAACGGGGGACCCGGAUGUAUUGGAAUACUACAAAAAUGACCAUGCCAAGAAGCCUAUCCGAAUUAUUGACUUAAAUCUGUGUCAACAAGUGGAUGCUGGAUUAACCUUCAACAAGAAGGAGUUUGAAAACAGCUAUAUCUUUGACAUCAACACUAUAGACCGAGUUUUCUAUUUGGUGGCAGACAGCGAGGAGGAGAUGAACAAGUGGGUUCGAUGUAUCUGUGAUAUCUGUGGGUUCAACCCUACGGAUGAGGAUGCUGUGAAGCCACCAGUCAGUUCCUUACAACCAUCUGCUGAGUUACCCUUGCCCAUCAACACUUCACCGCCUUCCAUGCAGGCAGAAUCUUCCCUUCCCUCUCCUUACCGGCUUAUUAACGUCCCCCCGCUGGAGUCUUCCUCUGGUCAAGAAGAUCCUCAAGACUACCUACUGCUAAUAAACUGUCAAAGUAAAAAGCCUGAACCUAUGAGCCAAGGGUCACCUUUUCUCUCAGAAGAAGGGCAGGAAUACCUGCUAUUAGAAGACUUUGAAAGUAAAAAGAUUCCACUGCAAUCUCACGCUGACUCCGCAAAAUCCAGCUCUUCGGAAACAGACUGCAACGAUAACCUGCCCUCCCACAAAACCCCCGCUCCGUCAGGGAGCAAGCACGCUGUGAACGGCUUCUUCCCGCAGCAGGGCGUCUACGACUCCCCGCCCUCCCGCUCCGCGCUGCCGGACUCCGGCCUCUACAACCUGCCCAGGAGUUACUCGCAGGAUGUUUUGCCCAAGGCGGCGUCUCCGUCCGGGACCGAGGCCGAAGGAGAGCAGCACGUUUUCAGCAGCCCCUCGGCGGCGUCCUUAGACGCGCAGAUGAGGCACAUCUCCAUUAGCUACGACAUUCCCCCCACGCCCGGAGGUACUUAUCAGAUCCCGCGAACUUUCCCGGAGGGAGUGUUGCCUCAGACUUCCAAACUGGAGACUAUUCCGGACGUCCCUCCGCCUCGGCCGCCCAAACCCCAGCAGGCGGCGGAUCGGUCUCCCGUGGAAAGCUGCGGCCUCGGCCGCACGGCCUCGGACACGGACGGCAGCUACUGCGUGCCCGCCGCGGGCGCGCCGCCCUCGCGCGCCAACGCCGUCUCGACGGGAGAUCUCAACGUCUUCCGGAAAGAAAUUAGUUCUCAAGACUGUUAUGAUAUUCCACGAACGUUUCCGAAUGACAGAUCCAAUUCAUUGGAGGGCUUCCAUAACCACUUUAAAAACAGAAGCAUGUUGACAGUGGGAAGUGUUUCAAGUGAAGAACUAGAUGAAAAUUAUGUCCCAAUGAAUCCCAACUCUCCUCCACGACAGCAUUCCAGCAGCUUCACUGAACCCAUCCAGGAAACAAACUAUGUACCAAUGAUACCAGGCACGUUUGAUUUUCCAUUAUUUGGAAAGCAAGUCCCUCCUCCUGCUCACAUGGGUUUCAGGUCCAGCCCAAAGACCCCUCCCCGACGGUCGGUACCUGCUGCAGAGUGUGAGCCACCGCCAGUGGAUCGGAACCUCAAACCGGACAGAAAAGGUCAAAGUCCUAAAAUUUUAAGACCUAAACCAUGUGGUUUAGAGCGAACUGAUUCACAAACCAUAGGUGACUUUACUACAAGAAGAAAGGCAAAACCAGCUCCACUAGAAAUAAAACCUCUGCCUGAAUGGGAAGAAUUACAAGCUCCAGUUAGAUCUCCUAUCACCAGAAGCUUUGCACGAGACUCCUCCAGGUUUCCCGUGUCUCCCAGACCGGAUUCAGUUCAUAGCACAACUUCCAGCAGUGACUCGCACGACAGUGAAGAGAAUUAUGUAUCCAUGAACCCAAAUCAGUCCACUGAAGACCCAAAUUUGUUCGGAAGCAACAGCCUUGAUGGAGGAAGCAGCCCUAUGGUAAAACCUAAAGGAGAUAAACAAGUGGAAUAUUUAGACCUGGACCUAGAUUCGGGAAAGUCUACCCCACCUCGUAAGAAGAAGAGCAGCGGCUCGGGCAGCAGCGUGGCAGACGAGAGGGUGGAUUACGUCGUGGUGGACCAGCAGAAAACGCUGGCCCUGAAGAGCACGCGGGAGGCGUGGACUGAUGGCAGACAGUCUACGGAGUCCGAGACGCCCGCGAAGAGCGUGAAGUGAGAGCACCGCCUCGUCCUCGAAGAACGGAGAGAAGUGAAUUUUGAGGAGUCACAGAACCACCAAGGCGGUGUUGUUCGGCUGUACAGUACCUGAUUCCCCGGGGCGGGAAUCAGUUCCUCACCGAAUGGGACGGAAGCCAAAGGGCACUUUGAAUAUAUCAAAGGAACUUUGAGAUCACGAGUUGGCUCUGUGGUGUCUGGAAAAAUCACGGCCUGUAAAUAACGUGUAAAAUAAUACCACUUAGCUUUCGGAAAACCCUUUGUUCUGUAGUUAACACAUUUGUAGUAUUACUGUGUUUAUGCACUUUUUCAGUUACAAUGUUGGUUCAGGUAUUCCCGGUUAGUGUACCUUAAUGCCUAAUUCAGCUGGAGAAUUCUUUUUUCCUCUCACUACUAUUCCUUACAAUUUUAGGUUAAUUAAGCUACAUGUAGAUACGGAAAUUAAUAUUUGAACUUCGUUUUAACAACUCAAAAUUGAUUUUGCGGAAAUACUUUCACAAUUGAAUAAUCUACUUGAAAUGCCAAGAGACGACCGUUAGUUACACGCUUGUUUAUAUUUAAUGCACACGAGAUCAUCUGGAGGUCUACAGGUUACCUUCCUAACGAAAAAAUUGCUGUGAGUAAUAAUAAUGAACUGUACUGGGUUUAGACCUAAAAUCCUGGCUUAUAUGUUAGUUGUUAGCGGUGGAACUUCUAUUGUAUUUUAUUAAUGACAGUGUUCUGUGUUCAAUGGGUGAAGAUUCUGCAGGGUAGGAUCUUACACUUUCAAAGACUGAAUAAUUAAAUGUCAAGUAAGCCUGCAAACCACUGAUGGCAUGCAGUAAUAUUGUGAUCUCACACUUAUUAACAAGAAAUAACCUUUAUAUUAUUUACAGAAGGUAGAGUAUAUAAAUCAGGUACGUACCAAGCACUGUUGUGCUAAUACACUGAUCAGGUUUAGACAAUGAGCUUUAGUUUUGUACUGUUUAGAAGUUCUAAUGUCAGUUUUCAGUUCAAGAUUAAUGGGACGGUUUGACAUUCACUUUUUGUAGUACUAGCAAAAUACUGUGAUUUUGAAUUAGACAUUAAUUCAAAUGGAAAUACUAUGUUUUAACACCAUAGUGCCCUUCUUAUGAGCUCUGUUUUACUUUAAUCUCCUGCUUGGCCUUAUAUUUAAAUCCCUAUGCAACUGAUAUUUUAUAUCUCUGUUUUUAAAAAUUAGAUAAUAUACCUAAAUGAUCCCCCUUGUAAACCACUUGUUGCUCUUUCCUGGUACAGGAUUUAAGCUCUGCAUACUGUGAUCCUUUAUUUUACUAUGCCAGUUCCAAAUAAUAAUCUGCCUUGGUUUA